AUAUUGAUCAAGUUAGAUUUUGUGAGACGCACGUUGAUAAGAUCUCGCGAAAUUUUUCGAUUGCACGCAAUCACACGCAAUCCUCCCGCGUGACGUGCGUGCCUGCGUGCGUGCGCGUGUACGUGAGUCCGUGUGUAUGUGUCUGACGUCCGUCGUUCGGUGUCCAUUCGCAUCGAACGACAGCGAAUUCGGGUCCGCGCGCGCGUCUCCCCCGGCAGUCGCGGCGUCGUCGCGCAAAAUCCUCUUUCCUCGCCCAUGACGUCACUUGCGAAUUACACAAGCGUCAUCAUUCAGUCUGUUGUGGAAAAUUUCACGGAGUCCAUGGUGGUAGCGGUGAGGUGCGUCGUCCUUUGAGCGAGACCGGCGUAUCACCCUCGUCGGCAACAUCGCGACGACGACAACCAAGUGCAUCGCGACCAAGAUCAAAGUUCACAAAAGACUCUUCCUACGUUAUCACAAUGUCUAUGCAACAAUUCUGUUUGCGAUGGAACAAUCAUCAACCGAAUUUCAUCUCAGUUUUUUCCAAUUUGUUGAAUAAUGAGACUCUAGUGGAUGUCACUCUCGCUGCUGAAGGCAGGCAGAUUCAGGCUCAUAAAGUCGUACUGUCAGCAUGCAGCACGUACUUUCAGUCAUUAUUCACAGUGAAUCCUUGUCAGCAUCCUAUUGUCAUACUCAAGGACAUCAAGUUUUCCGACCUCAAAAUUAUGGUGGACUUUAUGUAUUACGGAGAAGUGAACAUAUCUCAAGACCAAUUACCAUCCAUCAUAAAGACGGCAGAGAGCUUAAAGAUAAAGGGACUCGCAGAAAUGCAUACAGCGUCAUUAACUAAAUGGCCAAGUGGAAGCAGCGAAACAGGUGGAGGGGAUCGCGGCGAAUCUUGCUCGCCAAGUCCUUCUCCAUUAUCUCCUUCUUUUCGCAGAAAAAGAUUAAGGAAGUCUUCAACUGGUUCAACGUCUGGUUCUGGUGACAAACCAGAAGAAAUGAAUGAAAUCACAUUAGUGGCUACCAACAUUGUCAAACCUGAACCCCUCAUUGUGUCGCAAGAGAGUGGAGAGAAUUUGAGGCGACCAGUAAAUACCAGCACAGAAUCUCAAGGCAGUAUUGACGAAGAUCAAAUAUCAAUUAUGAGUAAUAUGGAAACUAGUUCUGCUAAUACGCCAGCCCAAAGUGACGGUUCUAUUCAAGAUGUAAGUCAACAAUCGGCAGGAAACAUUGGACAAAGUUCUGUAUCUUCGCAACCACCUGUUCAUCAAGUUCUUCAUUGCAAGCAGACGCAAGUAGCGAAAAGGACUCGGUUGCUAAUCAGACAACCACGAGUAAAGAAAGAGCCGAGUCACUUGUCACCGGACAGCGAAACAGCCUCCUUUUCACCGCACAUUGUCUCGACCUCCGUUCAUCUAGCCACACCGACGCUGAAUCUUCCCCAAACAUCAAGGAGUUUCGAGGAGUCCCGUAUAUCGCCACCGCCGCACACCAUGUUAGUCAGCCAACCGAAUCUGCUGACGGUGACGUCCAACUUGCUGACGGUUCCCCAGCAAUCCUAUCUGACGAAACAGCACUCGCAUCCGUUGCUGUCCAGCCAGCAACCGAGUACGUCCGGGACAUACUUGAUACAUCGGCAGCAUUCACAUCCGGAGUUACCUGGUAGAACCACAAGCCCCUCGAUAGUGAUUGAGCCGGCGCCCCUUCUUAAGACGGAGGAAGACCUCGAGGAAACCACGAUUACGGCGACACCGUCUAUCGCCUCCGAAUUAGGGACCAGCGGCAGUAGCAGCACUUCCGGUGGAUUGAGGGUGAAGACGACAGAGUUGCGACGGACUUCCUCAUCGCCACAGACGAGCAGUAGCAGAGAGCCUCCUUCGAGGGAUCAACGAUUAGGUCACUGUCCGGUGUUGCGCCAGGGUCCAGCCUUAGGCUGCAAUCACUGCUGGAACACGAUAGACGCCCACGGCAGAAUACUCCGUAGGAAGACCAAAUAUCAUUGUCCCGAAUGCCAGAUCAAUUUGUGCAUCGUGCCAUGCUUUCAGGAGUACCAUGACCAGCGGCGCGAGCUAAUUUCCAAACUGAAACCUUUACCAAAAACUAGUUCCGUUUAAAUUUCCCCUUUCCCUCCCGAUUAAUUAUGUACUUUAUUUCAUAAGUAAUCGUUAAUUAUUGACUUACGUGUUGAAGCACGCGCUUUAAGUGUGAAGAUUCAAUAUGACAAUGACAAAGCCCGUCGUUGUGUGCAAUUAUUUUUCUCUUGAUCGUACGAUAAUGAAUGUGAGUCAUCAGAUUGAUAUUGUUUAUUAAAAUUUCAUGACUUGAUAUAUUUUCGUAAUACAUUUAUAGCAUCUACAUAUAUAAUUAUAUAUAUGUUGAAGUAGGCGAAGUCAUUGCAAUCUCGCAGUUUGAUGAUACAAAUAUUUAUAAUUGUGUGCAUUGUGAGUUUUCCCAUGCUCUGUUAGUCUUUCAGUAAUUUUUGUGACAUAGUCACAUUUUUGUUAAGUAUGUUUAUUUCGUCAAGGAACGUUUUACUUUUGUCA